AUGUCCAAGAUCCUGCGUCCCGCAGCCACGCUCUUCCUCCUCCUCUCCUCUCUGAGUCAGGCUGGCACCGCCGUCCCACGAAACGCGCGCGAAGUUGUGGUUAACAGUGCUUCUUUCGCAUCUGACGAGACAGACAAGCCCCUUGACUUUAGCCUGCCAGAGGCAGCACGCAGCAUGACAGGAGAACAGCUGUACUUCAUCGGUGAGAAGCUCCUGCUGGAGGGAAGAGCGUCAGAAGCUGUGGCAUUCCUGUCCAAGGCUGCAUCGCUAAUGCCGAGAGACGCCUUCACGCACAGCAACCUGGCGAUCAGCCUCCAUCAGCUGGGGAGGUCGAAGCAAGCGAUCCCUCACUUCAAGAUGGCUGCCAGCACCCAGCUCGACUCCUUGUACUUCGCCAACCUCGGGCAAGCGCUGUGGAGUGUCGGGGAGAUUGAGGAGGCGAUCCGGGUGCUGGAGACGACCAUGCGGCUCGAUGAGAAUCAGUUCGGGUCCUUAGCUCUCCUGCUCCAGCUGGAGCACUACACGGCCUCCAUCCUCUCCUCCUGGAACCGCAACUACGCUAGAGCGCGACGAGCUCUUCACGUCGUCCUUGGCAAAGCUGAAGUGUCGGGCAAUCCGGCAGACACGGUCUGGACGCCGUCACAGGUACCUGAGCUACAGCUUCGGCCUCGGAGUUCGCAACGGGCUCAUGUUUUCGGGUCGCACAACCGAAGUCAAGUCGAGAUCUUUGGGUUUGCUAUCAGACCGCACGACGACAAUGCUGACGAUGCGGAGAAAGCGAGGGUGGAGAAGAACGUCGAGCACUUCGUCGACAUUAGUAGGAUCGAAGUGUCCGACAUCCCUGCCCUCAUCAACUCCAACAACGUCCACGUCCUCGUCGACAUCUGCGGCCUACACGCCAACGGCACCAUGCUCUACAAGAGUCUGCUCGCCUUCAAGCCCUCGGCCGUUCAAGUUGCCUACAUGGCCUUCGCCGCAACCACCGGAGCAUCUUACAUAGACCACCUUGUUACCGACAAAAUCACAAGUCCGCCAGAUUAUCGUCAUCACUACUCGGAGUCCUUCAUCUACAUGCCCAACUCGUAUCAUGUCAACUCCCACAACUACAACCAAUUCUUCAAGAUAGACAAGCACAUCCUACGAGCAUGGAUCGAUAUCCUUCGACGAGAUGAAAAGGUUCUCAAACUUUUCUCUUCAUUUUGGCCCUUGAAAGGUUUGAGCCAGUCUGUCCUCGUGCUCGUAAAGUUCUUGUUUCACAAGCAGGCGGAGAGAAAUCUUCGCGCUGCUCUGCGUGCAAAUGGAAUCAACGCGACUCGUUUGAUCCUAGCGGAGAAGCUCAAGAACCAGGAGCACAUCCUUCGCUCUCAGCUCAUGCAUCUUCAUCUCGACACCCGACUGCAGAGCGGUCACACCACCACAGUCGAUGCGCUCUGGUCAGGGAUUCCCGUUCUUGUGUGGCCGGCGAGGAGCAUGGUAUCAAGAGCAGCCGCGGGCAUCGUCCAUGGAGCAGGCUUGUCCUGGAUGAUUGCGAGGAACGGUCAAGACUACGUGGAGGCGGCGAUGGUGCUCUCGAGGUCCAAGGCGGCUAGGAUGCUCGUUGACGCUGCUCGAUCCUCCUCCUCUCUCUUCAACCUCGACAAGUGGGUGAAGGACUGGGAAAGAAGCCUUAAGCUCGCAGCAGACAGCCAGGGUGAGACCAGGGAGGAGGGGAGGGAGAGGGAGGGGAGGAAAGAGGUGGAGGUGGAGGGCGACGGGAGGAGACAAAGGGCGAAUGUGAGAAUGGUUUGA